AUGGCCGACGUGGACGACAAGGAAAAAGCCGAGAAGCUUGCCGCUGCAAAGAAGCGCUUCGAAGAGUUGAAGAAGAAGCAAAAGGGAAAGAAGGGUGGAAAGAAGAAGGCAGACAAGGCCGAUGCCACAGAAGAGAAGGAUGAUGCGACAGCACAAGACGGCCAAGCAGCAGACGCUGAUGUCGAUGCCCCUGCCGAAGGAGCAGCCACCGACAACACACCAGUAGCCGCAGACACAGCAGAAGACGCAAACGCAGAGAAGACGGAAGAGACGCUUGAAGAAGCUACAGCAUCGGACGAGACCCCCACCGAACGACCAACACACGAGCGCAAACCAUCCCAGUCCGAGCAGUCACGACAGCGAUCAGCCUCUUUCAGACAAAACUCGGGCCUCACGUCGCCCAGCCUGUCCAAAUCGCCUGCUCUUCCGUCCAUCAGUGCCGAGGACGAAGUCCAAGACAUCUACCGCAAGCAAGCAUCACGAAUCGAGGAGCUGGAGAAGGAGAACAAGACGCUGCAGGAUGCCCAAGCAAAACUUCAGAAGGUCGAGGACGAGCUGGAGCAGUUGAGAGAGAGCAGCGGCGAUAUUGCCGAACUCAAGUCUAAGGCUGCCUUGGCUGACAAGCGACAUGAAGAGAUUGAGAAGCUGACAUCCGACUUGACAUCGGUACAGCGACAGCUCUCACAAGCUCAGCAACAAGUAGCCGACAAGCGACGCAAGUCUAACGCAAGCCCUUCACGCGAGAUACAGGCCCAGCUGGCAUCCAAGACAUCGACGAUCGAGUCGCUGGAGUUGGAGCUGUCGAAUCUUCGAAACCAAUACAACAUGUCGCAAUCGUCCGUCUCGGCCCACGAAGCCACCAUCAAGGAACUGGAGCAGCGUGCAACCGCGGCAGAACAAGCCUCCGAAACAGCACAGAAAGAGAUAGGGACUUUGAAAGAGACCAUCAGCAAGCCCGUCGAGACAGAAAAGAACGAUGCUGAAGACCCGGCUGCACUCCAAGCAAAGAUCACGACUCUAGAAUCCGAUCUACGUGCCGCCCAGUCGUCUGCCGACACUGCUACCAGCCGCGCCAGCUCCCUCGAACAAAAGAUCGAGGCCUUGACAAAGUUACACAAAGACCAAACCAGCACCCACGACUCUCAAAUCAAGGACUUGACUUCCAAGCUCGUAUCGCUGAAAACAUCCCAAACGCCCACUGCGAACGAUACAGACUCCAUCACAGACGAUGCCAAUGACCUUGAGCGCGAACAGUUGCACCAACGCAUCCGUGAUCUCGAAGCCGAGAACACCGAUCUUCGCCGUGGCGUAUGGCGCGAUCAAAGAGCUGCCUUGCAACCAGACAUCAACGACGCCUCACCAGGCUACGAGGAUGUAGAUCUCAGCAACCCCUACGCUGCACCGUCAUCUGCACAACGCCCUCAUGCCCGCACAGGUAGCAGUUUCCAAGACGUGCUGCAAAGCGGCAUCAGUGCUUUCACUGGUGGCCAAAGGAAGCAAUCGCUGGGUCUGUUGAGCGAAGAAGACUUUGAUGAAGAUUCAUUCCGCGUCGCCCAGGAGGAAGAGGGUAAGAAGAGGAUCGAACGAAUCAGAGAAGUAAAGCGUGGGUUGGAAGACUGGAGAGGAUGGCGUGUAGAUCUCGUGGACCUAAGGGCAGGAGGUCUAGGUGGUGGUGCAGCCACUGGUCCCGUGUUUGAAGUUUGA